CAAACUCCUAAAAUUCAGACUGUGUCAUCAUUCAUCUCAUCUCUUUUUACUCCCAAACUGCCACACGUUAUAUAUAUAUAGAAACUGUAGAACCGUAAAGCUAGAACCCUUUCCAAACCGACAUUAAUUUUCACAAAAUCCAAUGGCAGCCGCCGCACCACCACCAGCACCAACCCCAGCAGCCACCGCACUACCAAACUCAACACCAACAGGCCACCCACUCUUCUCUCGUGUCCGCCUCGCCACCCCAUCGGACAUCCCCCACAUCCACAAACUCAUCCACCAAAUGGCCGUCUUCGAACGCCUCACCCACCUCUUCUCCGCCACCGAAGCCUCCCUCUCCUCCACGCUCUUCACUUCCCCACCUUUCCAAUCCUUCACCAUCUUCAUCCUCGAACUCUCCCAAGCCCCAUUCCCACCUUCUCCAUCUCCUCCUCUCUUCUUCUCCCCCAUUACUCAGACCACCACUCUCGACCUCCCCAUCGAUGACCCAGAUGCCGAAACCUUCAAAUCCAACGAUAAAGAUUGUGGCUUUGACGUUGUGGUUGGUGGGUUUGUUUUGUUUUUUCCAAACUACUCGACGUUCUUGGGGAAACCAGGGUUUUAUGUGGAGGACUUGUUUGUGAGGGAGUGUUAUAGGAGGAAAGGGUUUGGGAAGAUGCUACUCUCAGCUGUGGCUGCUCAAGCUGUGAAGAUGGGGUAUGGGAGAGUGGAGUGGGUGGUGCUUGAUUGGAAUGUGAAUGCUAUUAAGUUCUAUGAGGAAAUGGGUGCUAAUGUCUUGCAAGAAUGGAGGAUUUGUAGGCUCACUGGUGAGGCUCUCCAAGCUUAUGCCAAUCCUGCUAUUUAAUUCAUUUAAUUAAUGGGUUUUUCUUUUUGUGGGGUUUUAGUACUUUGUGAGUUUUUUUAGAUUUCAAGAAAUGAAAUUGAAAAGUGGAUUAGAAUGUAUGACAAAGAUGAGCUGUAUCUGGUGUGGGUUUUGUUUGUGACUCACCUGAUUCCUGAUGUUUUUAACAAGAAUUUCAAUGCUAUCCUUAGUUAGUUCCUCAAA